AUGGCUGCCACGAGACACGAAAAGGACGUCCAUAGCCAGAUAUUCACGUGGUGUCAUACUCCUGAGAGAACAGCUGGGAAAGGAUUCAUCCGCCCACAGCCGCAUUUCCGGCAUAUGCACCAACAUGGGCAAAGUGCAAGAGUACCUCAUACGCAUUAUAUCCCUGCAAAAGGCGGGGAUGGAGGUUAUUUUGGGUUAAGGUUUUGUUUAAGGGUGUGUGUGGUCAAUAAUAAUGCAUGCACAGGCGCAUGUGUCCGCGAGAAGGAAGGGGGUGGUUUGCCCCCAGCCAGGUUGGCUCAGGCACGUGAUUCACCACCUCCAGACUCCAGCUUCACCAUCGAGUUGUCAAGCAUCUCCAGGAUACAGAUAGGUAUAUCCGCGCACCCGGUGGCUAACGUCCAACGAUGCUUUAAUAACCUCUGUCCUAACGGCCGCUUGACUGCUGUUUGGGUUUCUCUUCGGCUAACGAUGCUUGAAAAUCGUCUGAGGAGCCUGCUUAAUCGGCAUCGGCAGCAGUCGUACGAGCAAUUGCGGAACGAAACUGAUGCAGGCGACAUUAGUGAUGGAGUGUCACGUAGAGAUAGCGGGAGGGUCCACCAGCUGGAGGACUACUCGGACUCUCCCUUCUCAUGGCUUGAAUACUCAAUGUUCUUCUGGAUGGGGGUAAACAUGCUUUGGGCUUGCAGCAGCUCCAUACUUCCAGCUCCGAUUCGCAUCCAACACCUGGAUCAUGACCAAUUUCCAAUCCUGUAUCCUAUCCGUCUCCUGCGUCACCAAUCUAUUAAAAAUGCAUCGUAUUCUCAUCGCGUAAUCUUCUCCCUCAUUCUUAACAUCACAAUCUGUACCUUGCUCGCCAUCUCUGCCAUUCUAUUCCGGGAUGUCUCCAUCCCUAUCUACUUCGCAUUCCUACUCUUCAUGGUGCUUGGUGCCAGUCUUGCAACCGGAUUCAACCAGAAUGGGAUGUUCGCUUAUGCCUCCGGAUUUGGGAGGACCGAAUAUACACAAGCUCUUAUGGCAGGGCAGGGUGUAGCCGGUGUUUUGCCCUGUAUCGUCCAAAUUGUUUCCGUACUCGCCGUACCCGAGCAGAGUGAAAGCGUAAGCGAUCGUGUUGUCCAGUACAAAUCGGCCAAGUCUGCAUUUGCGUUCUUCCUCACCGCGACUCUAGUAUCUGUCAUCGCAUUCUUCUCUUUCUUUUACCUUCUCCGCCGACGAAGGAAAUCAUUAUCUCUCACCCUUAAGAACGCCACCACUCUCGGACCCGACGACGAGGAACUCGAAUCCACCAUCACCGCCCAACCCAAAAUAUCCCUACCGCUCUGGAUCCUCUUCCAAAAACUCCGUUGGAUGGCGCUAGCCGUCUUCCUCUGUUUUACCGUCACAAUGGCCUACCCGGUCUUCACAAACCAGAUCCAGAGCGUCAGAAACUCCAACUCCACCCCAGAUGGAAGCCAGCAUAUUCCCCGACUAUUCCAGCCAACCAUUUUCAUCCCCGUAGCCCUCCUAUUCUGGAACUCUGGCGACCUGGUCGGCCGACUCAUCAUCCUGAUCCCUCAAAUAAGUCUAACACACCGGCCAUUCCUGCUCUUCCUCCUCUCUAUAGCACGCUUCAUCUUCAUUCCCCUCUACAUGAUCUGCAAUGUAAACGGACGCGGCGCCUGGAUAGACAGCGAUAUUUUCUACCUAGUUAUCGUGCAGUUUCUUUUUGGCGUGUCCAACGGGUAUAUUGGUGGAGCGUGUAUGACGGGUGCGGCUGAGUGGGUGGCUGUUGAGGAACGAGAGGCUGCGGGCGGGUUUAUGGGCUUUAUGCUUGUCGCUGGGUUGACCUCGGGGAGUUUCCUGAGCUUUUUGUUUGCUAGUUAGGUUCUAUUUUAGCAUGCUGGUCUGUUUUCGGUUUUCAUCAAUUAUACAACUAUGUACUGAGCUUGAUGGCUCUACGUGGCUACUUUCCCAUGCAUUCCUUUCCCGUUAGAAUGAUUAAGAUGGUCUAUUGGAUAUAUUUUUCUCUUU